AUGCCAGUCACAAGAUCGCAGAGAGGAGCAGCCCGUACCGCAGAAGAUAGCACCUCGGCUACCGCAACGAGCGAUACGGACUACACAACUACGGCGACUACAUCGGGUACUGAGAGAACUACGAGCGAAGAAACGGUAGCGUCUCAAGGGGCGGCGAGCCAGCCAGGGAGGACGAUGACCCUGGUACCAGCGGGUUCUACCCGGCAAGCCAGCCCACAAGCAAGGACAGCGCGUACGGCGAGAACAAGAGCGAGCACCAUGCGGCGAACAUUAGAAGCCCAAGAGGAACUGGCUCGCCUUGAAUUAGCGCAAGCCGAGGCGGCGGCGCGUCUCGCAAGGAUACGGCUGCAACGAGCGCAAGAGGAAGAGGAAGAUUCUGUCUACGGUAGUAGCGACGACGAGCGGAAUAAGGAUAUAGAAGAAUGGAUCCGCUCCUCAGGCCGCCAAGAGGCAGAAGAACCGAAACCUGAGCCACAGAAGAAGCCGAAAGAUACGGCAAAGGAUAUAGUUCAUGCUUUCAAAGAAGCAUUACGGGAGAACACGGCGCAACCGAAAUACAUUCAGGAACUACCCGUGUUCGAAGGCGAUAGCUGUGAAUGGACAGCUUUCCGGGUCGUAUACGACGACACCGCAACUAUGUUCACAGCUACGCAAAACAUGGCGCGGCUAAGGAGAGCCAUUAAGGGAGCCGCAAGAGAAGGUAUCAAGAGCCUUCUAUAUUCUGAAGCACAGCCAUCCGAAGUCAUGGACGCUCUCCGAAGAAGGUACGGAAGACCGGAUGCACUUGUACUAGCGGAAUUGGAGAAAGUGAAGGCGUUGCCGCGAAUGACAGAGAGCCCACGCGACAUAUGCGUAUUCGCGAGCCAAAUUAACAACAGUGUGGCCGCGAUACGAGGGCUGAAGAGGCAACAGUACCUCCAUUCACCAGACAUGGUAAAGAGCAUAAUAGAAAAGAUGCCAACCAUUCUCAAGUUCCGGUGGUAUGAUUACACGGCACGGAAGGAAGAUGACGCAUUCUCAGAUCUUCGCUUAAUAGGAGAGUUUCUCAACCAGGAAGCGGACAAAUGCGGCGCCUUCGCUACUUUAGAAGAGAAUAGAGCCACAAGCCGGAGGCCGUUGAGACACAGUGCACAUAAUGUCCAAGAAGAAGCAAGAAGAUGUCCACAUUGCGAUGAGGCACACGCGUUAUUGGAAUGCGUCAAUUUCCAAAAGGCGCCAGUCCGAGAAAGGUGGCACAUCGUAAAACAAAACAGGAUAUGCUUCAAGUGUCUCGGCGGUAAACAUCGGAAGGAAUCGUGCCGAAAACCGCCGUGCAGAAUAUGCAAGAAGUGGCAUCACGCGCUUUUACAUGUCGACGUGCGCACCGAGGAGAGGGAACCCACUACAUCCGAGAUGAAUGUGACAGCAGCGGUCAACACGGCACGCAACGCACGCGCAUUAUUAAAGAUGGCACGAGUCAAGGUGUUCGGGCCUAAAGGGACGCGUCAAAUCACAGCGUUGUUAGAUGAAGGAUCGACUCUCACACUUCUGGAUUCAACGGUGGCGGAGGAACUCGGAAUUAAUGGGCGACCGCAAGAAUUAUCCAUCGAGACUGUAGGCGGCAAGCGACUGAAGACUAGGUCAAUAGAAACGGAUCUUCAGAUAAAGGGCCGCGGGCAGAAAUUCAAACGGACACUACACGGCGUACGAACUAUGGAUAACUUGCAACUAUCGCCGCAAUUCGUCGACAAGAAGAUCAUCGAGUCGUGCUCGCAUUUAAAGGACCUAGUGGAAACAUUGUGGCAUGAAGCAGAAGCACCGGCGCUACUAAUCGGUCAAGACAACUGGGACUGCAUCGUGUCACUGGAAGUCCGAAGAGGUCGACCCGGGCAACUAGUAGCCUCACGUACAAAGCUCGGAUGGGUACUACAUGGAACAGAGCACGGCGGUCGAUCGGUCCAUCAAGUCAACACGUGCCUACACAUGAAGGAGGAUGCCAUAUACGAACUGAUGAAGGAACAUUUCGCCUUGGAGUCACUGGGGGUGCAAGCGAAGAGACCUACAACGGACAUCGAGGCAAGAGCUCUCUCCUUACUAGAGAGCACCAGUCGUCGUCGAGAAGAUGGACGCUACGAAGUCAGUCUGUUGUGGAAACAGGACAAUUCGAUCAUGCCGGAGAGUCGCGACAUGGCGUUAAGUCGACUGAAGAACAUCGAAAGGAAACUUCAAAGGGAUCAACACAUGAAAACGGAAUACACACGGCAAAUUAAACAUUUGUUAGAAGAGGGAUACGCGGAAGAGGCGCCCGAAGAUUGCUUAUCGAAGCGCAAAUGGUAUCUGCCUCACUUCGCCGUUACUCAUCCUUUGAAGAAGAAAAUCAGAAUUGUUUUCGAUGCAGCUUCAAGAUCCCACGGGAUAAGCCUGAACGACGCGCUCCUACCGGGACCCGACCUUCUGCAAUCGUUGUUUGGAGUACUACUUCGCUUCCGACAAGGACCGAUAGCGGUGGCGGCUGAUAUUAAGGAAAUGUUUUUACAAGUACGCAUCAAACCAGAAGAUCGAGACAGCCUGCGUUUCCUGUGGCGAGAGAACGACAACGACCCGAUCAGAGAAUACAGAAUGACGUCUGUAGUAUUCGGCGCGGCGUCAUCACCUUGUUCGGCAAUCUACGCGAAGAAUAAGAACGCAGAAGACUGGUCGCAGAUGUACCCGGAAGCGGCGACAGCGAUAGUGCGCAAUCAUUACAUGGACGACUAUCUUCAAAGCUUCCACGAUGUAUCAAAGGGACAAGAGAUCGCACACCAAGUCAACGAAGUUCAUCUAAAGGCGCAUUUUGAACUACGAGGAUGGGCUUCCAAUCAUGAGGGACUAUUGAGGCACUUAGGCGUGAAGAAAUCAACGGCGGAAGUGGUUGCGAUCGGCGAAUCAGAAGAGAAGACGCUCGGGCUACGCUGGUUGACGAAGAGCGACGAAUUAGGAUUCCGUACCGAGCUGAGAAAAACUCCGGAAGAUGUAGCGAGCGGAGAAUCUACGCCAACGAAGAGGCAGGUGACCAGCGCGGUCAUGGCGACGUUCGACCCUCUUGGCCUUGUGUCGCCGAUCGUGAUACAAGGCAAGAAGCUUAUACAACGUAUAUGGAGAAGCGGCGUCGGGUGGGACGACGCUAUCGACGAAGAAGAUUAUGAAGUCUGGAAGAAAUACCUGCAAGCAAUGAAGACGGCGAGCGACCUACUUAUCCCUCGGUGUAUAACACCAAUUUGCACCGAGGGGGAGCUACAUACUUUCGUCGACGCGAGCGAGUCGGCCUAUGCUGCGGCGGUGUAUUGGCGCGCUCGAGAGCAAGAUGGGUUCAGGCUGAAUCUAGUGGCGGCAAAAGCAAGAGUCGCACCAUUGAAACCGACAUCGAUACCGCGACUGGAGUUACAAGCUGCUUUGUUGGGAGCCAGGCUAUCCCGAUCCAUCGAAGGCGAACUGGAUUUAAAGAUUACGAAGAGGACCUAUUGGAGCGAUUCAAGUGUCGUACUAUCCUGGAUAAAGUCCGACCCACGAACAUUCAAGACUUUCGUGGCACACAGAUUGGCGGAGAUUGAAGAACUCACAAAUGCAAAGGAUUGGCGCUGGGUCUCAACGAGCGACAAUCCAGCGGAUGACGCGACGCGCCAAACUCCAGACAACUUUGACGCGGCGCACAGGUGGUUCAAGGGGCCGGAGUUCUUACAUCGCGACGAGUCUCAAUGGCCAACACCACGGAAGUUCGAGCGGCACGGGACGGACGAAGAUAAGAGCGACAAAGUGUAUCAUGCGUUCGUAGAAGCGGAAUCGACACCAUCCCCUGAGCGAUUUUCGUCAUGGUUGCGGUUAUGGCGUACGACUGCGCGUGUUCUGCAAUUUAUCAAGCUCUGCAGAAAUAAGCACGCCGUCAACGCGUGCAGAAAAAGGGAUGAAACAUGGAAGCCGCAGAAACCGAAGAUCGCGAAGAAAACGACACAACGCAAAGGCGAGCCGACGAGGAACUUCUCUGUCAUCGAUCACGAGACAUUAGUCGAAGCCGAGAAGUUACUGUUGAAGCGGAGCCAGGGGGAAAGUUUCGCCGACGAAAUAUCAAGCGCCAAGAAGGGACAUUCGCUGGGACGAACAAGCAAGCUGAGACUAUUUGAAACGAAGUAUCAAGAUGGACUACUUCGACUACAGAGUCGCGUCGGAGCGAUAAGCGGAGUGUCCGGUACCUACAAGACACCAAUCUUAUUAGACGCGAAGAACCACAUUGCGCGUCUAAUACUAGAAGAUUAUCACCGACGCUUCAAUCACGCAAACCACGCCACGGUGAUGAACGAGAUACGCCAGCGCUACUGGAUAAUCGGUCUACGUGCAGCUAUCAAGGGGAUGCAACGUCGUUGCCAGACAUGCAUCAUGCGUCGUGCUUCGCCAGUGACACCACCAAUGGGGGAUCUACCGGAGGAGCGUCUACGCCACGGAACACACCCGUUCACAUGCACCGGAGUGGACUACUUCGGGCCGAUGACAAUCACCGUCGCCAGGCGCAACGAGAAGCGAUGGGGUGCUCUCUUCACAUGUCUAACGACGAGAGCAAUUCAUCUGGAGCUGGUGCCAACGCUUUCUACGGACUCAAUGAUCAUGGCAUUGAGACGCUUUGCUGCACGACGAGGCGCGCCGCGGGUCUUAUACAGCGACAACGGAACCAACUUCAUCGGCGCGAACAGAGAACUGAAGGAGGCGUGGGAAGCACUAGCAAAGGACAACCUGGCAACGGAAGCGGAAAAACUCGGCGUGCAUUGGAAAUUUAUUCCGCCUGGAGCGCCAAACAUGGGCGGCGCCUGGGAACGAAUGGUGCGAUCAAUAAAGGUCGCUUUGGAAGCUACGCUGCGAGAACGACGUCCGAGGGAAGAAGUGCUGCACACAUUACUACUCGAGGCCGAACACAUCGUCAAUUCGAGGCCUCUCACCAACUUAACGGACAACGCGGAGGAAGAAGCCCUAACACCUAACCAUUUUUUGAUAGGGCGUUCCUGUGGUGCAGCGCGGAUCGGGGCGUUCGCGAAUGAAGAAUUAGUCGGUCGGGACACCUGGAAAACAACGCAGCUGUUAGCCGAUCACUUCUGGAAGAGAUGGUUGCAAGAAUAUCUCCCGACAUUGCUACCGAGACGAAUCGACGGCCGCACGGAUCGAGCACGCAACCUAAGGGAAGGAGACAUAGUCUACAUUGUGGACCCGACACUACCCCGCUGUACAUGGCCACGGGGAAGAGUGAAGGCUACGCAUCCAGGAGUCGACGGGCGAGUACGAGUGGUAGACGUGUCAACCAAAGCUGGCGUGCUUCGACGACCGGCAUCGCGCAUCGUUUUACUGGUGCCAAUGGAGUCGCCUGGACAAGAGAUUGGUGCGACGGCACGAGGGGGAGAAUUGUAG